AUGUCGUCGUCGGCAUGGAGAGCCUCAGCUCUGGAAGCUGUCUCCAGCUAUCUGUUUGACGAACACUCCAGUCGUUCAGAAGACGCUAGCAUCUUGUUGGUGCUGAUGUCAUUCUUCUCACCCUACGACAAAAUUCCCUUGGAUCUUCUUGUCCGUGGCUCAACCAAUCGCAGACGUUGGACAGCUGAUGGCAAGAUCGAGACUGUGGACGCCAUCCCGGUCGGAUUGGUUCCGGAACUGGCUGAGUUGCUUUCGGACGCCUCAAGAUUGAACAGCAUCUUUGAAGAACUCUGUUGGGUUUCAGCCAUCUUGAAAUAUUCCGAUGACGCCUACCACUUGAACGAGGACAUGUCUGUUCGCAUCCAUGAAAGCCUUGAUCCCAAAGGUCUUGCAUUUUGGCGACAGCAAGCCCUGAUCGUGGCAUACAGAGCGAUCCCCUGGAAGUAUAUCGAGUUUCCUGAUGCUACCGUCAAGCUAUUCCUACCACAUUUGCAGCAUGUCACGGAAGCGUAUGAAGAUUGCUUUGACGGUCUUCCAGCAGUUACAAGAACUGACUUCAUGCUCACCCUCAUCGAGGCCUCUCGGUUUCCCGGGAUGGCAUGGAAGUACUUUGCUGUCGGUCAAGCAGAAUUGGCUGCAGGACGACUCAAGAACACGCAUCUUCGCCUUUGCAUUGGACAGUCCAAGGCACUUCUAGGUCGACUUAGCGGAAACAUGAACGAAGCUGUGAACAGCCUCCAGGACCUUGCAUCAGACGACCCAGCAGCCGCCAUGAAUCAACGAACACGCUCGGAAAUUUGUGUGACAGUCCUUCAGCGAUGCUUGAACUAUAUUCAAGUAGCAGAUCUUGACACCGCUCAGGAGUUGUUGGAAGACUGGAGCCCUCUUGGAGAGAACCCGUCCCCAUUGGAAGAAGUUAUAUGCUUCCGAAAACAUGCACUCCUUGGAAGAAUCAUGAGGUAUCAAGGCGAGUUCAACGACUCGCUGGAGCAGCUCGAGAUAGCACAAAAGACCACACAGGAACAGAGUGACAUCAUCCUGGAAGAGGAUCUUCGUGAUCUUACUUGCGAUCUGGCUGACACACUACGAGAGCUUGACAGACCUGUUGCUGGUGAAGAACUCCUCCGCGCAGAAAUAGUGCAACGCACUGAAAGACCUGACCCUCUGGCUGGAAAGUCCCUUCUGGAAUUGGCUCUGGCAGAGUCACUUUUUGCCCAAGGGCGAUACGAAGAAGCAGAGCAGAUCUGCCUCGACGUCCAGACCAGGACCAGCCUUCUCAAGUAUGAGAGGCUUCGACUGUACGUCAUCCUGGCGAAACUACGCCACAUGAACUCUGAGUUGGAAUCUGCGUUGUCUUGUUGGAGUGAAGCGAUGCAAGCGUUGCAAAAGUUCCCUCUUGUGAAUGGAAGAGUGAAUCGGAUCAUCUCAACUUCGAUGGCAGACGUUCUUGACGCUCAAGGUCACGACUGGUUAUCACAAGAGUCACCCAGACGAGCGUCCCUAAGUGAGCUGGCCAAGCCACAAGGCGUUCCGUACUGGAUUGCAGGCUUCCGGCACUGGGCAGAGUAUCUGCAGUCGAGGGGGGCGCGGGGUGACUUGUAG